GGAAAUUAAUUUGUAUUAUUAGUAAAAGCUCGAUUAGUUUUUAAACAAUUAUGGUCUGUACAAUAUGUUCCAAGUUGUUAAAAAUUAUCUUAUUUUAGCACAAAUUUAUGCAUUCCAAGUAAUUUAUACCACUGUUCCAAUUUCUUUAUUGCAAGUUGUUUCCCAUGGAAGUAUGUAAAUUUACAUAUCCAUAUCCGUUAUCGUAAAUUUGCACUAAGAACACGUAAUCUGAAACAACUGCUGAGCAAUAUGAAGAGUUUCACAAUUAUUGCGUAGAGUAAUUAGACACGUAAUUAAUUCGAAAUACAUAUAUUUUUGGUUAAAAGAUUUACGACAUGCUUAUUAAAUAUAAAAAUGAAACAAUAAAUUCUUAUUAUCACAUAUCAAAACAUUUGAAAAUUAAUUGCAUCACUUCCGCUGACUUGGUAGCACUUCAACAAUGAAAAUAGCUGUAAAUUUCGCGAACACUGGCGAAAGUUCUGUUCCAUUUGUGAAAAUAACUUGCGCUCUCACACUCUCCGAACGUGGGCCAAUCAAAAUGCAACAAAACUGACAGCCCAACAACCAAUAAGAAAAUACCACGCCAAAAUUAUAGGAGUAAAAAUAGCCGGCGACACAGAGAGAACAAUCAGUUGAAUUUUACACAUCAGAGAAUAAAGAAUAUAAUUUAAAAGUGAAGUCGCGGAAGCAUUAAAAAUAUACAUUACUUUUUAACUGCCAAAAUAGUUAAACUGUUACGUACAGGAUACAUAAUUUAUAUAGUAAUAGUAAAGUAAGUAUAAUAAAUAUUUUCUGGAGAAAAAUAAAGCACGUUUAAUAUACGUUAAUUGAAAGAGUUAGUUUGUGUGUGGGUGUUCCAGUGUGUAUUUACUUAGAUGUAUAAGAUUACAAGUUUUCAAUUAUUGUGAAAGUGAUAUUAGGAUUUUAAAUGGUUGAAUUCGGUCUAUAAGAUGUAGAAAUUUCUCAAAAUUAUCAAUUAAUAUUAAAACUGAAAAUUGUAAAAUCGCAACAUUUCUGGAAAUUUCUCGGCAUACACACGAAGAUUGUCUAUACGUGUGGAAUUUGGGAGAGAGAGGAAGAGAAAUAAAGUAUUGCCAACUAUUGUGUCGCAUUUGCCAAUUGGAAUAUCAAUGAAUUGCACACUGUGACCCGAAAACAUAAAAUAAAUCAACAUUAAAAAGUUGAUUUAAAUUAAAAGUGCCGCGAAUAAAAUUAUAAUGCAAUUGCUAAAAGUAUAAAAUAUUAUUCAAACAUUGAAAAUCCUAAAGCACAAUUCAAGCAACUAAUAUACCGUGAUAUUUUUUUUUUUUUUGUAAUUCAUUCCAUAAAUGAAACUUGGCUCUUUGUUUAAUGCUUGCAGUGGUAAUGAAUUAUAUGGUAGUUUCCGAAUUUCUAAAAGAAAAAAGCGCUAUCAAUAGCUCUCGAAAAUAUACGUCUGCAUUGAUCACAAAAGCCACAUAUUAUAAUAAUAAGCUUUGCUUGUGCUAGCAGAUAUGCAUCCAUGAUUCCAAUUCCAAUUGAACAAAAAAGUUGCACUCGGUGAUGAUUUGUACACGUCAUGGCUUGUACUACACUGCUCAAAUAAAAAGCGUGGAAGGCAAUAAAAAGUACACGUCAGUUACGGGAUUUCACUUCUAAGUGCCAACAAGUAGAUCGCCCAUAUUGUUUACACAGUUUUUGUUCCACUUGUUUAAAUAAUUACCAAACUCUUGCAAAACAAUAUAUAAUUCAUAGUUGCUAACCAAUUCCUCUAGAAUUACAGCUUGUUGAAAUAUUUAACUCCUUUUUUUUACAUCUGUAGUUGAUAGGUUUUGUGGAUAUGUUUACGUUUGCUUACAGAUAUAUUCAUAUGUAUUUGUAUCCCAACCCGUUUUAGUUUUUUGUAUAUAUACAUUUUGAAUAUAGAAUAUAUAACAUAUAUGUACCGAAGUCUUAGGGUGCUUAAUAAUAUAAGUAACGCGUGCAAACUUAUUCCUACAUAUCUACGUCUAGAAAGCUCUCUUUUAAUUUUGAUUUUAUAUGUUAAUCUGAAUGCGCUCUAACUUUAGCGUAGAACGUAACCGGCUCCCGGCUUUUUCCUCUACAAAAUUCCAUUGGAAAGUGUACACGUAUCAAGAAAUUGUUGGUAGCAAUAAAAACAAAAAUUUCUAACAACUUCGGUCUUCGGUUAGUACAUAUGGAACUACCAUGUUUGGCACAACAACAACCAUGUUUUGCUAAUGCGGUCACGAAGUAUGCAACUACUGAGUUUAAAGAGCGUAUUUGUGAGAGAAUUUAUGGAAUAUUUGGGAUUAGGAGACGCACUAAUUUAUUGUACUUUUAUGUACACGUAGCACACUUCGAAUUUUGAUUAUCAAUGUCAGUCAGAAUUUAUAAGAGCUUUGUUGUAGGCGGUUUUUAUAAUUUUGUGAUGAUAUUCAAGUAUUUUAGUAGGGAAUUUAGAAAGUUUUAACUAUAUUGCAUUAAUUGGUUAUUACUUUUUAAUAUUUAUUUAGAAGUCACGUACUAUAAAAAUACACACAUAUGCUUAUUUGUAUAUAUUUAGAACAGUGUGACUUAAUUUAAUACAUAUAUCAUAAAGAUACUUCAAGAUGAAGGUUUGCUUAUUACUUUUGGCCGUUGUGGCCUUUGUGAGUUUAUCACAUGGUGAAGAGAAAAAAGAAAAGGAUAAGGACAUUGGCACAGUGAUUGGUAUCGAUUUGGGGACAACAUACUCAUGUGUUGGUGUGUAUAAAAAUGGGCGUGUAGAAAUUAUUGCCAACGAUCAAGGUAAUCGUAUCACACCAUCUUAUGUAGCAUUUACUGCUGAUGGUGAGCGUCUGAUUGGUGAUGCUGCUAAGAAUCAGUUGACAACAAAUCCUGAGAAUACAGUAUUCGAUGCCAAGCGUCUCAUUGGUCGUGAAUGGUCAGAUUCCAAUGUCCAACAUGAUAUCAAAUUCUUCCCAUUCAAGGUUGUUGAAAAGAAUUCAAAACCACACAUCAGUGUAGCCACAGCACAAGGCAACAAAGUGUUUGCCCCUGAAGAAAUUUCUGCUAUGGUUUUGGGUAAAAUGAAGGAAACCGCUGAGGCCUAUCUUGGCAAGAAAGUUACACACGCUGUGGUUACUGUGCCAGCUUAUUUCAAUGACGCUCAACGACAGGCCACCAAGGAUGCUGGUGUCAUUGCUGGUUUGAACGUUAUGCGUAUUAUUAAUGAGCCUACUGCCGCCGCUAUUGCUUACGGUUUGGAUAAAAAAGAAGGAGAGAAAAAUGUGUUGGUAUUCGAUUUGGGUGGUGGUACCUUUGAUGUCUCGUUGCUAACCAUCGACAAUGGUGUAUUCGAGGUAAUUGCCACCAAUGGUGACACUCACUUGGGUGGUGAAGAUUUCGAUCAACGUGUAAUGGAUCACUUCAUCAAAUUGUACAAAAAGAAGAAGGGUAAGGAUAUUCGCAAAGAUAACCGUGCUGUUCAGAAAUUGCGUCGUGAGGUAGAGAAAGCGAAACGUGCUUUGUCUGGUUCUCACCAAGUUCGUAUUGAAAUCGAAUCUUUCUUCGAGGGAGAAGACUUCUCAGAAACUCUAACCCGUGCAAAAUUCGAAGAAUUGAAUAUGGACUUGUUCCGCUCAACACUCAAACCAGUCACCAAAGUUCUUGAAGAUGCUGAUAUGAAUAAGAAGGAUGUGCAUGAAAUUGUUUUGGUUGGUGGUUCCACACGUAUUCCAAAAGUACAACAACUUGUCAAAGACUUCUUUAACAAUAAGGAACCAUCUCGCGGUAUUAAUCCUGAUGAAGCUGUUGCCUAUGGUGCUGCUGUUCAAGCUGGUGUACUAUCAGGCGAACAAGACACCGAUGCUAUUGUUUUGCUUGAUGUCAAUCCAUUGACUAUGGGUAUUGAAACUGUUGGUGGUGUGAUGACAAAAUUGAUUCCUCGCAAUACUGUAAUCCCAACCAAGAAAUCGCAAAUCUUCUCUACUGCUUCUGACAAUCAGCAUACAGUUACUAUCCAAGUUUACGAAGGUGAACGUCCAAUGACAAAGGAUAACCAUUUGCUUGGUAAAUUUGAUCUCACUGGCAUCCCACCAGCUCCACGCGGUAUUCCACAAAUCGAAGUAUCAUUCGAAAUUGACGCCAACGGUAUUUUACAAGUUAGUGCCGAAGACAAGGGUACAGGCAACAAGGAAAAGAUUGUCAUUACAAACGAUCAGAAUCGUUUGACUCCUGAAGAUAUUGACCGCAUGAUCCGCGAUGCUGAAAAGUUUGCCGAUGAUGACAAAAAACUGAAAGAGAAGGUCGAGACACGCAACGAAUUAGAAUCGUACGCUUACAGUUUAAAGAACCAAAUUGGCGAUAAAGACAAAUUGGGCGGUAAAUUGAGUGAUGAUGAAAAGACCAAAAUGGAAAGCGCGAUCGAUGAUACCAUCAAAUGGAUGGAACAAAACGCCGAUGCCGAUCCAGAAGAGUACAAGAAACAAAAGAAGGAUUUGGAAUCGAUUGUGCAACCCAUUAUUGCCAAACUGUACCAAGGAGCAGGUGGUGUACCACCAACUGAAGAAAGUGAUGAUGAUGCGAAGGAUGAGCUGUAAGGGGAGGAUGGAGUAAAUAAUUAGUCCUUAAUACAUUUACUAUUAAUUUCAUUUAGUUGUUAAAACUGAUAUAGAAAAUUUCAGACUGAUACACCCGUAAACAAAAUAAGUUUAAUAAAUUUCGAGAUCUAAUAUGAAGAAAAAAUGAAGUCUCUACAGUCCAGAAAUAUUUAAUACAACCAAGCUCCUUUUUUAGUUGAACCAAAUUUAUAUACAGCCUUCUGCACAAGUUACAUCACUUUUUUUGUAGAGAAAGGUAUUUAGCAAUUUAAAACUUUAGUUUAUUUAUUUUUCCCUUUAUUUAAAAAUUUCGGAUGUGUCUCACAUUCCAUGUCAAUUCUGUCCAAAACUCGAUAAGUUAAAUAAGUUUUGCAAUUGUACAUUUCUCAUUCACAUUCAUGAAUUGUAAUUGUAAUGCAUGGAGUAAGUGAUUUCAUUUUAUACUAAACGGCAAAAUAUUGUAAUUGAAAAGAAGUGAACGAAACUCUUCGAUUUUACGAAGAGCUUUACGACAAAAAGAAUAAAAUAAAUUAAACAAAUAUUAAAUAAAAAUAUAAAAAUAA